AUGUUGGUGAGCAAGAGGGUGAAGCGCCUUUUGCAGCUGGUGCCUGGGAAGCAGCGCUUCGGCGUUUACAGGUUCCUGCCCUUCUUCUUCCUCCUCGGGGGAGCGAUGGAGUGGUUCAUGAUUAACGUCCGCAUCGGCAAGGAGACCUUCUAUGACGUUUACCGUAGGAAACGAUCUGAAAGACAGUAUGAGGCACGGAUGGAAAAGAAUGAUUUUUAG